AUGGACGUUAACGUGGACCAUCCUCGCCCGAUAGUUACUAUAUUCAGCAUCACCCAGGACUGUCGCCACCUGCUACAACGAUGUGCACGUGAUGAACAGCUCACUGGAAUACAUUGGGCUCAGAACCGCUUGAGCGACUUCAAUCUAUGGGAUGCGGGCGUUGGUGCGAGCGCAAAAGAGCAACACUCACUUGAAACCCGUCUGCGCGACGAUGAUGCAGCAACAAAAUUUGUCAUUAGUUCUCUCAGUACCUUGAGAACGUGGUUGGAGAUAUAUUGUGAAAGUGUCGAUGAGCCAAGACAAGAUUGUGGCGUCCUGAGCAGCUCGACAGUGCCAGAAUCCAACGCAAGGUGCUAUGAAAAUAUCUCCGAAGAUGAAGCCAAGGAUAGCAUUGAGCAAUUGUUCCAAGUCCUUGCUAAACUAGGCGUAGCCAUACGUCAAGCAGGUGCUGCAUCUCACCUAAAAAAUGCCGAUAGUGGGUUUCAUAGACACAGAGAAGAGUACAGGGACUUUGAGGCAGAAAUGGCGUCAAUUCUUAUCUGGAAGAAGAUCCGACAUAUGCUCGCCGAAGGUCUAGAAGUAUCUGGGGUACAGCAGAAAUACGACGAAAUGCAGAAGGAAAUGAAGAAGCAGAUCGAAGAGGACAGAGUGCCGUAUGAAACACAAGCUGUGAUCGAGGCGAAUGCCAGGCGUCGGCAUAGAUUUGCGUUCGCGGUCAAGCGCGCCGACAAACUGAUGAAACCAUCGGUGAUAGAAGAAAAGAAAAUCGUUUCGAGACCAAAAGGUGCAAUGACUUUAGAGCCCAUUACACUCAAGGAUGACUCAACACCACAUGGCACAGUUCAUCAGAAGCACAAAUCAUCCGGAAUUCAGUCAAAUGCUGUAUCUGCACAGCAGUCUACACUUCAGUCAGAAUAUUCAAAAAGCAGCACAGCCAAGUUGUCGACUCAUAAGCCUGACAACCAAAUCUCAGAACUCCUAGAAAACGAUCGACCAUUAGCACCGCCAACAGUAACAACCUCGAAGGUGGACUAUCCAAGUGCCCCGAAGUUGGACCCGAAUGCGAACCUAUUUACCUGCCCGUAUUGCCGAAUAACGAUUCCAAAGGCUAUGGUGCAAGGUUCGAGAUGGGUGAAACAUGUCUCAGAUGAUUUGAGGCCCUACACUUGUUAUUUGCCGAGAUGUCCAGAAGUCCAGCCGCUCUUUGCUACUUUUCAAGCAUGGAAAAUGCAUGUCUUUUCUGGGCAUAAGAGUCUUCCUAAAUGGGAAUGCAUGCUUUGUGACCCUGCGGAUAUAUUUUCAGACAAGGACUCGUUUACCAAACACGCUCAACUGUGUCACAGUGACGAACUCGAAGGAGAAAGCGUCGACUAUUUGGUAGAAGCAUGUGAGUUUGUGGAAGAACCGAUCUUGGAUAAAUGUCCAAUAUGCUCCAUACACGAAGAUACCUGGUUGAAGAAAAGAGCUUCAGACCAACAUUUCGAUUUGCGGAACUCGACGUUUAUCGAACACAUCGGGGCUUGCAUACACGAAUUCUCCCUACUGGCUUUACUGACUUCUGCCAUUGAGGACGCAGUGAAGGAAAGGAGUGCAGCUCCGACAGGUGCCUCAAACCUUGAUAGUCGUUCAUCAUUGAGCUCGCUUACCUUUUCCGAUCGUGGACAGGACUAUCCUGGGUUUGAUGAAGUCGAUAAGUCGCAUCUUGACAAGCUUGAGCUACUGCCUCGGGAAAGGAUAAACAGCUGGUUUACCAACCUAGAGGCGGCAGGUGGACCAUUUGAGUCUUCAUUAGAUGAUUUUCCUCUCUUUAGCGACGACGACACCGACGAAGAUGAAGAUAAAGAUGAAGACGAAGACAAAAAUUCACUAUUGGCCCUUGUUUUUGAAAGGCUCGUGGAAAGCGCUUUUGAAAGCACUCCUUUCAGAUUCUUGCCAGAAGGUGUCAUCCACGACCUCAUUACAGAAGGCAUUAUCCGAAAGACUUUACACGUAACAGAACCUCCGUCAGAGGAAGAUGAUGAUAUGAUAAACUUCAUCAAAACGAGGGCUAAGAAGACUUUUGCUAUUGUGGGACUUAUACGUCAAGUCGAUACCAAAGGAGUUAUGAAGUCGCUAAAGAGUAAGGGUAUUGAUGACUCCAGACUCCCUAUCAAAGACCGUAGGGAGUUAGGGCGACACCCCUGGGUAGCAGGAUUCUAUGAUCAUCAGUGGAGGUUCUUUGUUCCUAUCUUUUCGACUGAUAAAUGUCCCCAUGAUCUAGAGGCAUCUCAUAUCUUGCCUUUUGUAUCCAGAAAUGAUGAGACUGAAAAACACUCGUUUGGGCUAGUCUCGCAGUAUUUUCUUCAUCGGAAUCAUAUGGCCCCUGGACUUUUGGAAGACACUCCAUUCGCUGUAAAAGAGAUAAAGGAAAUGGAGGAUGCGCCAGUCACAGAACGCUGGCAAAAGAAAGUUGAAGCCUUCCGGAAUUUGAAUCGACUAAACCAGGAGCAUAUUGUUCGGUUUGUUACAGCUUUUAGGCGUCAAAUAAGGCAUGAUGAAGCGAAAUAUUUUCUAAUGUUCGAAUGGGCAGACGGCGGAAAUCUCUUUGACCUAUGGCGAAGAAUGCCAUCACCUAUUCUAACAGCACGACUUGUCAAAGAUGUCAUUCAACAGAUCCUUGGGCUUGCUAAAGCCCUAGAUGCUGCUCAUAACUUAAAUAAGACUGGGGCUUCAUAUCGACAUGGGCAUAUAAACUCGAGAAACAUCCUUGUUUUCCAUAAUAACCGAGGACUGAUAGGCACGUGGAAGUUUGAUGGCUGGGUCGAGGCAAGGAAACACGAUGAGGUCGUAGAAAUGCGCCCUAUCGAAACACGAACGAGAUAUGGCAUCCAACGCUACGAAGCUCCAGAGGCAGUAACAAGACUUAGGCCUCACUUUUUUGAGAACUCAAUAAGACCUUCACGACCAAGUGAUAUAUGGUCUACAGGCUGCGUUAUCCUAGAGAUUAUUAUUUGGCUCUUAUAUGGGGAGUAUGGAGUUGAUCAGUUCCAAAGAGACUUGGAGCACAGCUGCUUCUAUCAGAUCUCUGAAAUCAAUGGGCGAAGACUUGCUAGGGUACAUGACGUUGUGGAGCGUUGGAUGGAUCAAAUGGAAAAAGACCCUAGGUGUAAAGUUGACACUACGGCCAUCGGAGAUCUUUUGGAGAUUGUGCGAACAGGUUUACUCGUUGUGAAACUUCCACGCAGACUCGGGCCGUUGAUAUGGCAUUCACCUCCAAGAAACAGCGGAGACUUUAUUUCUCUCUCUUCGAAUACAGAAACUACUGGUAUGGAUUCUAGCGGGCUGGUUGUUGAAGGAGAUACCAUGGCCAAUGCAGAGCUACCAGUAUUCAAGCCCACCCCAGCGGAACCCGAGAACCUCGAGACUCUUUUAGAGCCUCCACGUGUGAUUGGACAAGAAGCUAGAUUUCUUUCGACUGAAUUCCGCCAACGACUCGAGUACAUCAUUCAAGAGAACGAAAACGAGGCCUACUGGUGUAUUGAUGAACCACAACAAUGA